GAUACAUUACAAUAUAGUAACUACUCGUACAUCGAUCAUCGCUGUCAGUGACUUGUCUCUUGUACUUCACCUGGCAUUGCACAAGUGACUCCAGCAACUUUGGAGACUUUGUUUUCACUAAGAGUAACUUACCUAAGGUUUUCACGAUGCCAAGGCCAGAGGAAUGGUCCCAGAAAGCUUGGAAGUGGCAGAAAGAAAUACUGCAAAAUCUAAAAUGGUCAGAUGAGCGAGAAGUUUUUUACACUCUAGAGGAAUUGAUGGCAUUUGGUACGGAAUGGCCGAAAAUGAUCAUGCCAGAAGAAGGGUGGUUUGGAGACGGAGAAAGUGUCUCAUUCUGUGCUGGCGAGGCGUUAGUUGGGCUUGGUGUGCGAAGUUUCAAGCGUAUUGCAGCAUGUCCAUGGGAGAAAUGUUUCAACACUUCGAUUGCGGAAAUAGUAGAGAAAGCCACGCCAAGGUACAUAAUUCCUCUGACAACGAUGGGAGAAUUGCGACAUGUGAAUCGCGUCAAGAUUUUGCGCAUUCAAAGUGAGGAACAAGUCUACACCACAAUGGAAGAUCUGUGGAAGUUCCACCCGAGAUAUGCAAUGCCUGAUAAAACCUUUACUGCGGGGAAUGAAAUAGUGAAGAGUGGAGAAACAAUCGAAUUGAAGAGUCAUGAAAAUGGCUGCAUAACCUGCUAUUUGAAAGCGAUUGAUAAAACUGUUCCAGUCCCAAUGACGCAAAGAGGAGACUUCACCAUCGUUGAAGAUGGGACGUCUUACACAUUACAACAGGUUGGUGAUAAUUUCACCCUUCCACAGCGUGUGCGUUUUGAGAGCCAUUCAGCCGGGAUGUACAGAACGGAGAUCCUGCUGAUUUCAGAAACACGAUAUGAUGUCCUUAUUGCGUGUGUUCCCGCCGGUCUCUACGUUGAAGACAAAGAAGAAGAGCUAACAGAACCCUUGGGGACCAGAGACAAAGAUUUCACUGAUAUCAGCUUUAUCUUCUUGCCAAGACCUAUCAGUGAGGAAAACCCUCUCGCCAACACAAGAUUUUCCACAUGGUUUUAUGACCCAAACGACCCAACAUGUCAAGUCAUCAUGUCGCGGGCCAGUAUUUUUGAAUUGGACCGGUUUAAGGAUAUGAAUGUGGUGAUAAACGCUACUUCUUCGUCAAUGUCAGCGGUGAAGGAGUACAGUGCCGAGAACAUUUAUGACUACAUCAAGGAACAUGACUUUACUGGAGACAAUUCGGUAUCGCCCCACCGCGGCAAAUCAACAGCAGCGCCUGCAGUAUCAGUUGGGUCACCCUCAACAUCUUGGCUACAUUCAGGCAGUGCCACAAAGGCAGUCACAGUUCCCUUCAGUGAGGAAACAGCCAUCAGGCCAAAACCAGAAUCUUCGUCCAAAAUGUUCAAACAUAUGCUACAAAAGAUCAAGCCCCCCUUGCUAACAUUGAAGCGCAAUAAAAGUGUAUCCUAUGCAAGCAGUGACAAGCCAGAAGAGCCACAGGAAGUUUUCCAUAACAUUCCACGAGUAGAUGAUUACAAUAUGAAAUCCCAAGCCCGACGCCCAAGAAAUAUGUCACUCCCUCUAUUGAGAGAUGACGGAUCUGACUCAGAAGAUUAUGAGGUCCAGGCGACAGAUUGGAAAAUUCAGGCACAUGUAAACAAAUCUUCAGAGAGGGGCAGACUACCACUACCAGGAAAAACUAAAAAGGAAGAUCAAAAUACUGCUCAGCUUUUUCCUUUAUCUAAACUUCCAUCAGAAGACAUGUAUGACCAGAAUACGAGAAAGAACGAAAAAGAUGUUAUUGCAAAACUUGGGCCAAGACCAUCUCUCCUUCCUAAGCCAGUUCGAGGGCAUAAUGCGGUCCAAGGUCAAAGAUCUGUAGUCCAAGGUCAAGUUGCUGCGAUUCAAGGUCAAAUUGCAGUGUGUCAAGGCCAAUCAAUCUCGACCCAGGGUCUCAAGGCUGUUACCAAAGGUAAAGUUGCUGUGGUUCGAGGUCGAGGAGCUGUGUUCCAAGGUCAAGUAACUGUAGCCCAAAGUCAAGUUCCAGCAUCCAGUGCACCAGGUGGUCCUCGUAAAAUAAAAUUUCCACCCCCGAAUGGAAACUUGGUGCCCCUCUCUAAACUCACCCCUGAACAGCUUGCAUUGCUUUUUAAGUACUUUAACCUGGAGGAGCUUGGAAAAAAGUUGAAGCGUAAUAGAAUAGAUGGAGAAUUCUUUGAAAAAAGCCUGGAAAAUGCGGAUUUUGCUGGCGAUCCAUUCUUUGCCACUGUGUUUCAGCUCAAGCAGAUUGAAAGGAUUAGGAAUGGAAAAUAUUAG